AUGGAUGGGAAUGAGUCGGAGAGGGACACCUGUCCCAACCCGUUUGGUAGGAGCGGACUAAGGCGCUCGCCGGUUAGGCAACCCGCCGAGCCGGUGAGGACGCCGGUUGAAAGUGGUGAGGGCGAUGACCCCCUUGCAGAGGUUCAGCAGGCAGUCGAGGAACUCCUAAGCUCUCCGGAGCUUCAGGACCCUGAGACCCCUGCUGAACUGGCCGUCGCGAUGGCCGGGAUGGAGGACCUUGUGGAUUGCGUUAGGAAAAAAUCUAACAUCCACAAGGAAGUGCGAGAGAAGCUCGCAAAUGUGAUGGCCCUGUUUGUGAAAGCAAACAGGGCGGUGGUGAGCUUGCUCACAGCUCCGGAAUGCCAGUCGAGGGCACGCGAGGACGCUGCGAAUCCCCUUCGGGCAGAUACAACACGCCCGAAAAAGGUCAGCGUCUGCGUACAAACGGAUGGCAAUACAGAGGUAGCCGGAAACGGCAAGAGAAAAAGGGGGUCAUCAGGCGAGACGAGGCCAGGAGCCCCAAAAAAGUGGGCCCGGGAUCCUACGGUCCGGCAGGAUCCGGGCGAUGAUAACGAGAGUGUUGGAGAUGCGGGCGGCCAAGUUCCUAAUGCGCCAACUGGGUGGCAGACGGUUGAGCGUAAGAGGAAAAGGACCACUAGGGCCAAACCCAAACCCAAGCCCAAGCCCAAACGGGUCAGGGACAAGGGGGAGGCUUUGGUGGUAAAGGCCCCCGAAGGCACCUACGCUGACGUCCUCCGUCAAAUGAGGACGAGCGAUAGGCUGGUGGGCCUUGGAGGGGAUGUGAGGAGAAUCCGCCGAACUCGUUCCGGCGAGAUGAUCCUCGAGCUCCGACGUGGCUCCCAGAUCAAGAGCUCGGAAUACAGCGCCCUCACGCAAGAGAUUGUGGGGGGAGCUGCAGAAAUCCGUGCCCUCAGCACCACGGUUACCGUCAGGGUGAAAAACCUUGACGAGAUAGCCACGGAUGUUGAGGUGCAAAACGCGCUGAGGGAUCUGUGUAAGAUCGGGACUGACCAGAUCUCGGUCAGGAUGCGUGAUGGCCCUCCCGGAUCUGGGACACAAUUGGCCUUUGUGAAGCUUCCGGUUGCGGCAGCAAACGCCGCACUCAAGUGUGGGCGGCUAAAGGUGGGUUGGUCUAUCUGCCAGAUAGCCAUCCCCCAGCAACUGGAAAGGUGCUUCAGGUGCGUCGAAUAUGGGCACAAGUCUUUUGCGAGCAAGGGCGCUGAUAGGAGCGGGUUAUGCGUCGUCUGCACCUUCGCGGGGAUAGAAGCGGUUCAGCUCAACCUCAACCACUGCUACUCAGCACACCAGCUGUUAAGGCAGUUGGCGUCUGAGGAAAAGUUGGACCUGGCGUUAGUAGCAGACCCAUAUCGCAGGACCACGGAUGGCAGCAAUUGGGUAACCGAUAGAGCCAAACUGGCCGCGAUAUGGGUUACAGGAAGAUACCCCAUACAAGAGGUGGUUUCCGCUGGUGAGGAAGGCUUCGUUAUAGCCAAGGUCAACGGGAUCUUCGUCUGUAGCUGCUACGCCCCCCCGCGGUGGUCUCUGGAGAGAUUCGGCGUCAUGAUGGACAAAAUCGUCGAAGGUCUCACGGGUCGAAGCCUCGUUGUCAUAGGCGGGGACUUCAAUGCGUGGGCCGUAGAAUGGGGUAGUCGCCUUACAAACCCCAGGGGACAACUUCUACUGAAGGCCCUAGCAAGGCUAGACGUUGACCUGGGGAAUGUAGGCAACACGAGGACCUACCACAGGAAUGGGAGCGAGUCCAUCAUCGACGUCACCUUCAGCAGUCCGGGCUGGUCGAGCGACUGGAGGGUAAGCGACGUGUUCACCGAUAGCGAUCACUUCGCGAUCCGCUAUCGUGUGGGCACAAGUUCGCGGGCAGGUAGAAGAGGCACGACAACAGGAGCACGUCUCUGGAAGACAACACAAUUCGACCAGAACGUCUUUGUCGAGGGGUUAAACUGGGAGCGGACCUUGGAAAACCUGUCCGCGGAAAAUCUAGCGAGGGUACUCGCACGUGCAUGCGACGCUGCGAUGACGAGAAGGGCGAAGCGGAAGGACACUCGACAACCCGUCUACUGGUGGACGGCGGAAAUCGCAGACCUGCGUACUAGCUGCCUUCGGGCUAGGCGACAUAUGCAGAGAGCGAGGUCCCCGUCAGCGAGAGCGGAGCGGAGAGUACCCUACGCAGUGGCGAGGUCUGCCCUCUGCAGGGCAAUUAAGGCGAGCAAAAAGGCACGAUUCAGGCAACUCUGCGAGGACGCCAACGACAACCCCUGGGGCGACGCUUACAGGAUUGUCAUGGCCAAAACGCGGAGCGGAGGUGCGCCACAGGAAUCGUGUCCGAUAAAACUGCGUGAGAUCGUCAACGAGCUGUUCCCACAGCAUGCGGUAGUGACAUGGCCGAGGGUCCCAUACGACUGGGAUACGAGCGACGAGGAGAGGAUUUCACUGGAGGAACUGCGCGACAUCGCUAAGUCCCUUCAGCUAAACAAAGCUCCGGGUCCGGAUGGCAUCCCUAACGUUGCACCACCUGGUGAACCUUCAGCGUAUCGACCGAUAUGUCUGCUGGACACCGCUGGCAAGGUUCUAGAAAAGGUGUUGCAGAGUAGGAUUCAGCUCUACACCGAAGGAGCGAACGGCCUAUCCGACGAACAGUUCGGUUUCCGGAAAGGUCGUAGCACGGUGGAUGCCAUUCGACUGGUCAUCGAAAGGGCAGAUGAAGCCAGAUCGGUUGUUCUCUACGGGUACAAGACAAGGAUACUGCUCGAGGAGGACCUGCGUAACCAUAUUGGAGGCGUGCAGGCGAACGGAGUGUGGAGGCGAAGGAUGAAACACGAGCAUUCGUGUCUCUACGGUGAACCCAGUAUCCAGAAGGUAGCGAAGCCUGGAAGGAUACUCUGGGCAGGACAUUUUGCGUGA